CAGAAAAGAACACCAAAACUUCCCGGUUCUUUUUUAAAAUACCCAUUUUCGUCUCCAAAAACCCCUGCAAAACCUCAAUCCCUAGAAACACUCUCACUUCGACUCUGAGGUAAGAGCUCUGGCUACGAUCCUCAAUCCACAACCAGAAAAGUAGAAGACAGAGUGAGAGUGAAACUGCGGGAGGCGAGUCAUUUCGAAUGGCCGGGAUAGUGAAACCGCCGGGGGCUUUCGCAGUGACGCCACACAAAGUCUCAGUCUGCAUAUUGCUUCAGGUCUACGCGCCGCCCGCUCAAAUCUCAGUCCCCUUCCCUUUCUCCACCGUCAAUCAGCACAACCGCCUUGGCCUCUUCUUGUUGUCUCUCACUAAGUCUUAUGAUGAUAUUUUUGAGCCCAAAUUGGAUGAGCUUAUACAUCAAUUGAGGGGGAUUGGGGGCUUAUUGAACUAUUGGUUAACCGACCAUUUAACCAGUAAGCUGUUGGCUCUGUCUUCGCCGGAUGAUUUGUUUAACUUCUUUAGUGAUAUGCGAGGAAUCCUUGGCGGUCCCGAAGCAGGUGUUCUGGAAGAUGACCAAGUCAUUUUGGAUCCAAAUAGUCACCUGGGGAUGUUUCUUCGUCGUUGCAUACUUGCGUUUAAUCUUUUAUCCUUUGAGGGUGCAUGCCAUCUUUUGACAAGUAUAGGGAUGUACUGUAAAGAAGCUAUCUCAAGUUGUCCUCCGUAUGAGGCACCUCACUUAGAUGAUUCUAGUAAUGAUUUAGAAACACCUCCGGAAUAUGAAAACAUGGAACUGGAGAAUCUUGUUUUCGAGAAAGUCACUGAAGAAAUCGAAGCAAGGGAAGUAGUUUCUUUUCAUCUUCAUGCACCCCAAGCACUUGUUGGAUUGGUUGAAGAUAUUGAGGUCCCUGGUGACCCAGAAUUCAAACAUGGUGGCAAACUUAGAGAAGCUUGUCAUUAUGCACAUCCUACAAGCAAUACAUUAAGAGAUCUUGAUCCCAGUGGUGGCAUAUUCCUACGAACUAACUGGCAGAUACAAGGAUUUCUGCAGGAGCAAGCUGAUGCACUUGAAAAACAGGGGAGCUGUUUCUCUUUAAAUGAUUUUGAACUUAUGCUAAGGCAGCUUCAAAAACUGGCACCUGAGCUACAUCGCGUUCACUUCUUGCGUUACUUGAAUGGUUUGUAUCAUGAUGAUUGUAUUGCUGCUUUGGAGAAUGUUCACCGCUAUUUUGAUUACAGUGCAGGGAUUGAAGGAAUUGAUUUUGUUCCUCCUGCAUCUGGUUGCAAUACCUUUGGAAGAUAUGAAAUUGCCUUGCUUUGUUUGGGAAUGAUGCAUUUCCAUUUUGGGCACCCGAAACAAGCUUUGGAGGUUUUGACUGAAGCAGUACAUUUUUCUCAACUGCAAAGUAAUGACACAUGUCUUGCUUACACCUUAGCAGCUAUCUGCAAUUUGUUGUCCGAAACUGGUAUAUCUAGUACAACUGGAAUACUGGGCUCGUCAUAUUCACCUUUGACCAGAAUAGGCAUUUCACUGUCUGUCCAGCAACAACUAUUUGUUCUCUUAAGAGGGUCUCUGAAGAGGGCAGAAAAUUUGAAGUUAAAGCGUUUAGUGGCGUCCAAUCAUCUUGCGAUGGCUAAAUUUGAUUUAACGCAUGUGCAAAGGCCUCUAGUUUCAUUUGGUCCCAAGGCUUCAAUAAAGCUUAGAACAAGUCCAAUUAAUGUUUGCAAGGAACUUAGAUUGAGUUCUCAAUUGAUUAGUGAGUUUGGGUCCGAAACUUCUUCAAUGACAACUGAUGGUGCUUUUAGUACUGCAUGGCUUAAGAAUUUACAGAAGCCAAUGGAUUCACAAGUCUUGUCACAAGAAAGUGGAUCAGGAAGCAAUAAUGCUUUCCAGUUCUGUGCACAACCAAGUUCUGUUCCUGCAUCUGUGUUGCAAUUAGUAGGCUCUUCAUACUUACUUCGUGCCACUGCAUGGGAAAUAUAUGGCAGUUCCUCUCUUGCUAGAUUUAAUGCACUUGUUCAUGCAACUUGUUUUCCUGAUGUUUCAAGUUCAUCUGACACAGCAUUAGCAUAUUUGAAGCUUAUCCAACAUCUAGCAGUUUUUAAAGGGUACAAAGAGGCAUUUGCUGCUCUUAAAAUAGCUGCAGAGAAGUUUUUAUCUGUCUCAAAAUCACGAAUCUUGUUACUAAAACUUCAGCUCCUCCAUGAGCGUGCUCUACAUAGAGGACAUUUGAAGCUUGCCCAACAAGUAUGUGAUGAGCUUGGAGUCCUGGCAUCAUCUGUCACUGGUGUGGAUAUGGAAUUGAAGACGGAAGCAAGCCUUCGAAAUGCUCGGACUUUGCUUGCGGCAAAUCAGUUCAGUGAGGCAGCAGCUGUAGCACACUCACUCUUUUGCAUGUGUUACAAAUUCAAUAUGCAAGUUGAAAAUGCCAGUGUUCUUCUAUUGCUAGCUGAAAUCCACAAGAAAUCAGGCAAUGCUGUUUUAGGUCUUCCGUACGCAUUGGCAAGCCUCUCAUUUUGCCAGUCAUUUAACUUGGACCUUCUUAAAGCAUCGGCCACACUCACGCUAGCCGAGUUGUGGCUAUCACUUGGAUCAAAUCAUGCAAAAAGGGCCUUAAGCCUUGUGCAUGGGGCCUUUCCUAUGAUUCUUGGUCAAGGGGGUUUGGAGCUCCGUUCUCGGGCCUUCAUUGUAGAAGCAAAAUGCUAUCUAUCUGAUCCAAGCUUUUCCGUUUUUGAAGAUUCUGAUGUUGUGCUGGAUCCUCUGAGACAAGCUUCAGAUGAGCUUCAAUUGCUGGAGUAUCAUGAAUUGGCGGCGGAAGCGUUCUAUUUAACGGCGAUGGUCUUUGACAAACUGGGAAGACUACAGGACAGAGAAGACGCUGCAGCUUCAUUUAAGAAACACAUUCUGGCUCUUGAGAAUCCGCAAGAUGAGGAAGAUCCUCUCGCCAACAUAUUUUGAAGGAAAUGAAUAGUUGUCGUAUAUUGAACAUGUAAAACAAGCCAUUUCAAAUGAUUUAUGCUCCGUAUAGGCCACAGCUGUGUAUAGAUUUAUUUACCCAAUAUGCUUUUAUCCUCCUA